GUGAGACCUGCUGGCAGCCCGGGGGCAGGCCUGGAACUGCCCAGUGGCGCAGCGACCGGGCGUCCUGGGUUCGGAUUUCCACGGUUCCCACCUCCUGACAACAAGGCGGGUCCCACCGAGAGGGGCCAUGCCCUGGGCGCGCAGCCUUUGGCGCUAGCCUUGUUCUCGAAAUCUGUUUCCUCCUGGGGCCUCGGUCAGACGCUCUCAGUCAGCGCUUAGCAGGAAGCCGACUCCCAAACCCGGGCAGGGGGUGUGAGCCAAGCGCGAAACCCCGCCUCUAGGGGUCCCUGAUCUUUGCCCCCGCCCGGGACUCGGUGCCUCGCGGAGAGGCACAGCGGGCGAGCGGCAUUGCCUUUGUGUGUUUCGCCUGGAGGUGCCGGAGACCCUCCCCACAGCCGUCCGCCGCGUCCCCUCGCGGCCCCCGGCCCCUCCUCUUCGCGGCCUCAGCCCCCCUGCUUAGCUCCGCGUGCCAGUUCGGGGAUCGUUGGUUAGCUCCCUGCGGCACCAGGAGGAGGGGCGAGGGCCUGCCGCCCUCUCCUCGGCACGCGGCGCCGGAGCCGAGCCCAGCCCGGGGGAACCGCCGCCGCCGAUGAUGUGGGCCAGACUGCUCCUUCGGGCCGCCUGUGUCGCGCUCCUGCUGCCGGGGCCCCCGGCCCGAGGCUACACUGGGAGGAAGCCACCCGGGCACUUCGCGGCCGAGAGACACCGGCUGGGCCCCCACGUCUGCUUCUCUGGGUUCGGGAGUGGCUGCUGCCCUGGCUGGGCGCCCUCUAUGGGUAGUGGGCACUGCACCGUGCGUAAGUGCUUGUCCCUGGGCCCCGAGCCUUCUCCUCCAGCAGUGUGUGUACCUGGUCCAAGGGGCAGACGGGGGGCCCCAGUCCCUCGUCUCUCACCUGCGUUUCUCCUCUCAGCCCUCUGCUCCUUUGGUUGUGGGAGUGGCAUCUGCAUUGCUCCCAACGUCUGCUCCUGCCAGGAUGGAGAGCAAGGGGUCACCUGCCCAGAAAGUCCCGGACCAUGUGGGGAGUAUGGCUGUGACCUUACCUGCAACCAUGGCGGCUGUCAGGAGGUGGCCCGAGUGUGCCCCGUGGGCUUCUUGAUGACAGAGACAGCUGUUGGCGUCAGGUGUACAGACAUUGAUGAAUGUGUAAGCUCCUCUUGCGAGGGCCACUGUGUGAACACGGAAGGCGGGUAUGUGUGUGAGUGUGGGCCUGGCAUGCAGCUGUCUGCCAACCGACACAGCUGCCAAGACACUGACGAAUGCCUAGGGACUCCCUGUCAGCAGAGAUGUAAAAACAGCAUUGGCAGCUACAAGUGUUCCUGUCUAACAGGCUUCCACCUCCAUGGCAACCAGCACUCCUGUGUAGAUGUAAACGAGUGUCGGAGGCCAUUGGAGAGGCGAGUCUGUCACCAUUCCUGCCACAACACCGUGGGCAGCUUCCUAUGCACAUGCCGACCUGGCUUCAGGCUCCGGGCUGACCGUGUGUCUUGCGAAGCUUUCCCGAAAGCCGUGCUGGCCUCAUCUGUCAUCUUGCAGCCCCAGCAACAUCCCCCCAAGAUGCUCCUGUUGCUUCCAGAGGCCGCCCGGCCUGCCCUGUCCCCAGAACAUAUCCCUUCUUCGGGGGCUCCAGGGCCCCCAGCUGGAGUCAGGACCACACGCCUGCCAUCUCGCACCCCACCACUACCCACAUUCUCCCCUUCUGCCCCUUUGUGGCUGCUGUCCACUCUGAUGGCCACCCCAGUGCCUACUGCCGCCUUGCUGGGGAACCUCAGGCCCCCCUCACUCUUUCAGGAGGAGGUGAUGGGGACCUCUUCCUCACCCAGGGGCCCUGAGGCCCCCCGGCUGGCAGCAGGGCCCUCUCCCUGCUGGCACCUGGAAGCCACGCAUGAAUCAGGGAGUCACUGGACAGAGCCUGGGUGUUCCCAGUGCUGGUGCGAGGAUGGGGAGGUGACCUGUGAAAAGGUGAAGUGUGAAGCUGCUUGUUCCCACCCAAUUCCCUCCAAAGAUGAGGGGUGCUGCCCAUUGUGCACAGGCUGUUUUCACAGAGGUGUCUUCCGAGCUGAAGGGGACGUGUUUUCACCUCCCAAUGAGAACUGCACCGUGUGUGUCUGUCUGGCUGGAAACGUGUCCUGCAUCUCUCCUGAGUGUCCCCCUGGCCCCUGUCAGACCUCCCCACAGUCAGAUUGCUGUACUUGUGUUCCAGUGAGAUGCUAUUUCCAUGGCCGGUGGUACGAGGAUGGGGCCGUGUUCAGUGGGGGUGGUGAUGAGUGUACCACCUGUGUCUGCCAGAAUGGGGAGGUGGAGUGCUCCUUCAUGCCCUGCCCUGAGCUGGCCUGCCCCCGAGAAGAGUGGCGACUGGGCCCUGGGCAAUGCUGCUUCACCUGCCAGGAGCCCACGCCCGCGACAGGCUGCUCUCUCGAUGACAACGGGGUUGAGUUUCCGAUUGGACAGAUCUGGUCACCUGGUGACCCCUGUGAGUUAUGCAUCUGCCAGGCAGAUGGCUCGGUGAGCUGCAAGAGGACAGACUGUGUGGACUCCUGCCCUCACCCGAUCCGGAUCCCCGGACAGUGCUGCCCGGACUGCUCAGCAGGCUGCACCUACACAGGCAGAAUCUUCUAUAACAACGAGACCUUCCCGUCUGUGCUGGACCCAUGUCUGAGCUGCAUCUGCCUGUUGGGUUCAGUGGCCUGUUCCCCCGUGGACUGCCCCAUCACCUGUACCUACCCUUUCCACCCUGAUGGGGAGUGCUGCCCCGUGUGCCGAGACUGCAACUACGAGGGGAGGAAGGUGGCGAACGGCCAGGUGUUCACCUUGGAUGAUGAGCCCUGUACCCGGUGCACGUGCCAGCUGGGAGAGGUGAGCUGCGAGAAGAUUCCCUGCCAGCGGGCCUGUGCCGACCCUGCUCUGCUCCCUGGGGAAUGCUGUUCUUCCUGCCCAGAUUCCCUGUCUCCUCUGGAAGAAAAGCAGGGGCUCUCACCUCACAGAAAGGUGGCAUUCGGCAAAGCUGCUCGGAGUGUGCCUGGAGACGCCGAGGCCCCUGCCAGCUGUAGCUCCUGCCCCGGGCCCCCGACAGCAUCUCCCUCGAGGCCGGCGCUCCAUCUCCUCCGGCUCCUUUUAAGAACCAACUUGUCAAAAACACAGACUUUACCUAGAAGCCCAGCAGCAGCUUAUGGUCCACACUCACCCCCACUGGGGCUGUCAGGCAUGUUCCCAGGGGACCCUGGGGCCUCCCCUCGAUUCUCACCAGGGCCUUUGACCCCUCCAGGAGCCCCUACUCUACCUCUAGCCUCCCCAGGGGCUCCUCAGCUACCUGCGGUGACUCCAGAGCGCUCCUUUUCAGCCUCUGGGGCCCGGACAGCCUCUGGGCAGCCUCCUCUGCCUGCCACCCUCCUAAUGGAAGCUUCAGCACUUUCCAUGAUGGACCCUGGGCCCUCGAAGACCCGCAACACCCUCCUCAGGCCUUGCACACUUUCUCCCACCGCCUCUAGACUCUCUGCAGCCCUUGCAGCCACCACCCGCCCCAGGCCCCAGCACCCCCCGGUGGGGGCCUCUCAGGGGGAAGAGCCCACUGUGUAGGCAGGUCACUGUGUCUGGGAGACUCUGGAGAGCGGACACUGCCCAUGGCCCAGGGAGGGUGCAGGACGGCUCCAAGGGUGAACCUGGUGGGGGUGCCUGGGCUCUCUCCUGCAGGGGCCCUGGUGAGGAUGGAAGACCCCCAAGACUGGAUGUGACCUUGUUCCUAAGGAGUGUUUGGAACGUGCUGUAAGAAUGGAGGAAGUGUCAGCAUCCUCCCUGGACCUCGUGGCUGGCUCACCUUUUGAGAAGGGUCGGGGCUGCCAAGUUCUCCUGGAGGAAGAUCUGCGUCCGGCUGGGAGUCCACUCACUGGGACUGUGCACCAGGGGUUUGUCUCCCUGAGGUUUCCUGAUUAAAGGUUGUCUCUGUUCCCCAG